AUGGCGGACGAGAGUCUCACGCCUGAGACCCUGUCCGGCCGCAACCUCAAGGCCGUCGCCGACUACAUCAAGGAAGGCAAAGCCGAACGCAUCGUCGUCAUGACCGGUGCCGGCAUUUCCACCGCCGCGGGAAUACCCGACUUUCGCUCCCCCGGCACAGGCCUCUACGCCAACCUGGCCCGGCUCAAGCUCCCCUACGCCGAGGCCGUCUUCGACAUUGACUACUUCCAGAAACACCCAGAACCCUUCUACUGCCUCGCCAAGGAGCUCUACCCGGGCCGCUUCCACCCGACCGUGUCGCACGCCUUCAUCGCGCUCCUCGCGCAGAAGGGCCUGCUGCUCAUGAACUUUACCCAAAACAUCGACUGCCUCGAGCGCAGCGCCGGCGUGCCGAGCGACCUCAUCAUCGAGGCCCACGGCAGCUUCGCCACCCAGCGCUGCAUCGCCUGCCAGGCGCCCUUCCCCGACGACGCCAUGCGCCGCCACGUGCUGGACGAGGUGGUGCCGCGCUGCGCGGACGAGGCGUGCAGCGGCGGCCUCGUGAAGCCCGAUAUCGUCUUCUUCGGCGAGGCCCUGCCGGCGCGCUUCCGCGACAACACGCACCUCGCCGCGCGCGCCGACCUCGUCGUCGUCCUCGGCACGAGCCUCAGCGUCUACCCCUUUGCCGGCCUGCCCGAGCACGCGCGCCCCGGCGUGCCGCGCCUGCUGCUGAACCGGGAGCGCGUCGGCCGCGUCGGCCAGCGCGCCGACGACGUCGUCGAGCUCGGCGCCUGCGAUGACGGCGUGCGCAAGCUCGCGGCGCUGCUGGGCUGGGGCGACGAGCUCGAGGCGCUGUGGCGCCGCGUCGUCGGCGACAAGGAGGCCGCGAGGCAGCGGGCCGCGGCGGAGAAGGGCGAGGACGCGAUGCGGGACGAGGUCGACAAGCUGACGCGCGAGGUCGAGAGCGCGCUGCGGCUGGAUGCUGACGAUGGCCGCGGGGAGGGGGAGGGGGAGGGGGAGGGGGAGGGGGCUGCCGAGGCGACCUCGCCUGGGGCCCCCCCGAACGAGAAGGACGAGGGGGACACCAGCGAGGAGGCAUCAGCACGCAUUCCGUUGGAGACUCCGUGGAAGGCCGCCGACACGACUGCCGUGAAGGAGACGACGGGCGCAGCCGAGUCGAAGCCGCGAGACGCUACUGCGACAGCCGACGACGACUCCGCUGCGAGGGCCAGCCAUACAGUUACACCAAACGUCGUAGACAGGUCGACGCGCUUGUCGGAAGACCCGGGAAGCGGACGCGAACCAGAGUCAUGA